AUGGGGAGUCUCAUCGUCUCUCACUCAACCUCUGUCGCUCUCCGUCGUACCCACAAAUCACCACCUCUACUCUACACCUCCAACCCACCGUCCGUUCCAUUCUCCGGCCAAUUGGGUUGCCGGAAAACCAGAGGUCUGUCGUUGGUGACACGCGCAGGUCCGAGCACCAACAGCUAUAUAUUUGCAUUUGUGUUCCCUCUCUCUCUUCUGGCCGUCACAAUCUUCACUUCCGCCAGAGUCGCUGAUAAGCUCGACGAAAAAUUUCUUGAAGAGCUUGAAGUCAAUCAAGCAAUACUAGAAGCAGAAGAGUAUGCUGGUGAUGCUGUCAUUUCUUUAGAAGAAGAACCUGCACUCCCACGCUCUCGUAAUCGACCAAAACGAGAAGCUGAGCCUUCAUCAGAAAGAGCCAAUGCUAUAGUAGAUAACCAAACACAGGGAAUAUAG